CAAUUGUUGGCACGCAGGAUCGCCGAUUCUAUCAAUAGCGCGUCGUCGCAUCGCGUAUCUUUAUUUUUGUACGUAACUCGGCGCCGCGGUUGAUACGAACUUUGAGUCGUUCCCGGUUAUCCUAAAUUCAUCGAUUUGUUCGAUGCGAUGCCGAUCGGGUGAAACGAUCGAGAGAGAUACAAAAAUUAAUCGGAGGCGCGGACGACGAUCAAGGCUCCUCCGGCGAUUUUCAAUUGCAAUCGUUGUUUUCCGGCGAUGGAUCAAUCGAUGACGGUGCAUAACUCGCGAUUACAGAGACGCUCGCAACAUUACGCCAUGCGAAAUUCGUUCCAAUUAAUGGAACACCGGCGCUCGACCUUCGGGUUAAUCGUCCGACGAGUAUUUCGUUAAAUAAACGCGACGUGAGCGUCUUUGCGAUGAUUCAGCCCGCCGACACAUGCAUACAUGCAAACUCACUUAUUUCCAUCGCGAGAGUCUACGUGAGUUUGCUAAUCCCGAUAACGGGAAAGAAAAGGGGGCGAUAGUCAAGUAAUUUUGCGUGUCACCGCGAUUCAUCGUAAUUCCACAUUAUGACGCGAUCUCGCAAUUAUGACAUUUUUAAACGGCGCCGCUCUAAAUGAUAAGAAAACUUUGAGUCCAAACGUACAAGAAUUACUGCGUGAUCGAGGGUCGAGGGGGGACCGGAUGAUCAGCUAUCUGGCUGGUCGCAAAGAUAAAUGACGAUUUCUGCGACGCGAUAAUUUCGCCGUUACGUAAUGUUUCGCGGAUAUUUUUGUCCGAAAACCGUCACUGCUAAUUACGGAAACGUGCGGAACGAAUGCCGAAGGACCGAUUGCGACGCGCGGAAUCGGUAGGAGGAGGAAAGAUCGAUGUUAACAACGAAACAUAUUUAAACACGGAUGUGUUUGAACAAAAUCGAUUCAUUGGAAAGUUUUCAGCACGAAUGUGAUUUUAAAUCGCAGCGCGAACGAGAGUUACGGAUUCGCGCGCGAUCCUCCGAUUGGAUGAAUCGGGCCGGAACGGCCAGAUGGCGCUCGACGCACCGAAUUCAAGAAGAAGAUUUGCGACACGCGACGACGAUUGGUCGAGCCGUUUCGGUGUGUGCGAUCGUAUGGGAACGAGUGAGUCGCUGCAGGGGAGGAAGAGAGAGAGAGAGAAACGAGCGCGUGUUUGCUCGCACGGGGUUCGUUAUUCGUGCUCGUUGCUAAUCAUUGUUAUCGGCAUACCACGUAAACGUCGGUCGAUUUAUAACGCGAAGGAGCCGGCAUUAAAUGCACGCAGUGACUGAAUCGGCCCGGAAGCUGCGUUCCGAGAAAAUAAUCUUUUUGUGGCUGUCACGUGGUUAUCGUCGCCGCCACCGCCGUCGUCGUCUUCGUCAUCAUCAUCAUCAUCGUCGUUGUGCAAAGCGGUAGACAUUCGUCGAACGAUCGUGUGUGCGCGCGCGCGCGUGCGUAAAUCAUUGUCGAUUUUCCUGUCUGUCGACCAGUAGCAUCGGUGGAGUCGUCUCGUGUUUCCUUGGUAGAAGCGGUAGAAGUGGCGCGCGAGCGUACGUACGCGUGUCAUUGCCUCGUCUCGUCUAGUCUCAUUUCGCGACUAAGUUCCAUCGAACGAACGAGGUCCGGUGCUUGCGACCACGUCCAAAUUCGCCGAUUUGAGAAACGGUUCGUGGGUGCCUCUGUUCGAUCGUGAACGGAGCGUCGGACGUGUGCAAUGAGUGGCAGCGGGACGAUGAACGGAGAAAACAGAGGACGGAAUGGCCACGUGCUCGUGUGGGAGCAGACGGGCUUGGAAGAAGAGGACAGACCCGUGGAGAAACGUAAAUCGCUGAUUGGCACGCGCCAUAUAGUGACCUUCAUGCUGUUCCUUGGAAUGGCGAACGCUUACGUGAUGAGGACGAAUAUGUCUGUGGCCAUUGUGGCGAUGGUCAACCAUUCGGCAAGUAUCGAAGAGCACGAUGAUGUUACCAACGAAUGCGAGUGGGAUACGAGCAAUACUACAUCCGAUAAGAGCAGCGACGGCGAAUUCGGAUGGGACACCAAGAAGCAGGGCUACCUGCUCAGCUCGUUCUUCUAUGGCUACGUCAUCACGCAGAUCCCGUUCGGGAUACUCGCGAAGCGUUACGGAUCCAAAUACUUUCUCGGCAUCGGCAUGCUGAUCAACUCCGUGUUCGGACUGCUGGUACCUCUGUCCGCUCGCGCCGACUACUAUUGGCUCAUGGCCGUUCGAUUCAUUCAAGGCCUGGGCGAGGGUCCAAUCGUGCCUUGCACGCACGCGUUGCUGGCGAAGUGGAUACCGCCGAAUGAGCGCAGCAGGAUGGGAGCCUUCGUCUACGCCGGAGCGCAGUUUGGAACAGUGAUCUCCAUGCCAUUGAGCGGCAUUCUAUCUGAACACGGUUUCGAUGGCGGCUGGCCGUCGAUCUUUUACGUGUUCGGAAUAGUGGGCACCGUCUGGUGCAUAGCGUUUCUCAUAAUAGUCUAUGAGGAUCCGGAUAGUCACCCUCGUAUCGCCGAGGACGAGAAGAAGUACAUUCUGAGCGCGCUCUGGGGCAGCGCUGGAGUUUCCUCUCCUCCUGUGCCUUGGAUGUCGAUUCUCACUUCGUUACCAUUUUGGGCCAUUCUGAUCGCGCACAUGGGCCAGAACUAUGGAUAUGAGAUGCUAAUGACCGAAUUACCAACGUUCAUGAAGCAAAUUUUACACUUUGACAUUCAAUCGAAUGGAACCGUAUCUUCCCUUCCCUACUUGGCGAUGUGGCUCUUCUCUAUGCUGAUCUCGCACGUAGCCGACUGGAUGAUCUCCAGCGGGAGAUUCCAGCACACGACAACGAGGAAAAUCGUGAACAGCAUCGGUCAAAUUGCACCCGCCAUCGCUCUCGUGGCUGCUUCCUACACAGGCUGCGACACUUGGCUAACGGUGAGCAUCUUGACGAUCGGCGUCGGUUUAAAUGGCGCCAUAUAUUCCGGGUUCAAGGUGAACCAUUUGGACAUCUCGCCAAGAUUUGCCGGUAUUUUGAUGUCCUUUACCAAUUGUCUGGCCAACCUAGCCGGCCUACUGGCGCCCAUCGUCGUAGGACACAUAAUCGUCGGACCGGCGACACAAGCGAAAUGGAGGCUCGUGUUCAUGAUUUCAGCAGGAGUGUACAUAGCGUGCUCGUUGUUUUAUGUAAUAUUCGGAUCCGGGAAACGGCAGUUCUGGGACAAUCCAGAAAAUGACGAUGAUAAACAGCACGAGAAGGAAGGACUGGAGAGUGUCAAGAGUAUAACGGAGACGCAGCAUUGACCAACAGAUCGGACAACUUAGCUUCCGUCUCGUUGCGUCCUCUUGUUCCUCGUUCCUUAAAGAGUUCCCUAAAAACGCGGUUGCCCGAUUAUGCCUUUCCAUGGCCCGUUCCUCUCUCGUCGAUCGCGUGUCGCGCCACUCGAGUCGGACCCGAUCGUUCGUAGAUCGUUGAACGAUUGAUCGAUCUGGCCUGGUCGUGUGGAUCGACGCGCAUUCUAGAAGCGAGCGACAACGCGUCGCAGACACCGUCGUCGGUGUACAGUAAAACAAUAGAAACAAAGAAAAACAGAUACCGCGAGGAGGAGGAAAAAGAAGCGAAGGCGCGUACUCUCGUCGAAAAGAAGAGACACGGUCGAGAAAACUACGAUUCCUGAUUCGUCGAACAUCGUCGCCUGGACGAAUAUAUUUUUCUUCCCUUUUCUGCGCACAUGACGCGUUUGUUCUUUGCUCUUGUGGCGAGUCAGAUCGUGCCCAAAUAUUUGUGGAGCAAGUGAGACGAGUUAAAUCGGAUCUCUUCGUGCCUGUAUGUCGUCUAAAGACAAACCGAAGAACGACCGACCGAACGAACGUGUUUAUGUGCGCGUGUGUGCAAGCAGAGGAGAGAGAGAAUGAUGAUAAGCACGCAAGAAAGGAGAACAGGUAAUUGUACGGUUUUCAUAGCAUCUUCAUAACUCGUUUAAAAAACGUGAUUUAUGACCGAACGCCGUUAAUCGUGCCGCGUGUUCGAAUGCCUUUUCUCCAUACUUUUCUAUUGCGUGCGUAUGAGCUUCGCCAGCCAUUUGGAAAGAUCGAUCCAAGCUUCCGUCCGAUUUGUCCGUGCACCGAAUAUUUGUUUGCACAUCGCGUUGCGCGAUAAACGAAGGAAAAAGGAAAGAAAAAAGGGAACGGCAGCGUCCGUUGGUGCGACGGGACGGGCACAAACGUAAGAACAGUAUUAGAGCAGAUUAUCCUCGCGUCUCUGCCGCCUUUAGUCUCCGAUUCGUUUAUUUGCCGCGACGUUUUAUCGCGAGCAACUGCCAUUUUGUAAUCGUAAAAACCGACGCCGAUCGCGGGAAAUGCAACACAAUUCUGAUACAAGACGAAAUAAUCAAUUCCCAAUUGAAAGGGGGAACUCCGUCUCUUCCAAAUCGUUAUAAGCACUCAUGAUGAUGCAAUACGAUUAUGGUUUAUAAAUAUUGUAGAUAUUUUUACACAUAGGUUUCUAUCAAGUUGUAGACGUUAGACAACUUAUUGCUCCUACUUAUUUAUGCAACGUGUACAAAGCGGAAUGAAAGGAUAAGAAAAAGACAGAGAAAACAAAGAGAGAGAGAGAGAGAGAAAGAUAGAAGAGUGCGAGUGGAUUUGCGUGGAUGCAACAUCGAGAGAAUACGAUAUGAAAGUAAAAAUUCUGAAGAAAGAAUA